GAAACAAGUCGGCAAAUGCAGAAUGUAGUGGUCAAGUAUCCAGUAUCGGUGAUGAAGCAGCAAAAGAAUCUGGAAGGAUAUGUUGGCUUUGCAAGCCUCCCCAACCAAGUGUACAGGAAGUCUGUCAAGAGGGGCUUCGAGUUCACCCUGAUGGUCGUGGGUGAGUCGGGUUUGGGCAAAUCCACGCUCAUCAACUCUCUCUUCCUCACCGACCUGUACUCGGCAGAGUAUCCCGGACCUUCGCAUCGAAUCAAGAAGACUGUCCAGGUGGAGCAGUCCAAAGUGCUCAUAAAGGAAGGCGGCGUGCAGCUGUUGCUCACAAUUGUCGACACCCCGGGCUUUGGUGAUGCUGUCGACAACAGCAACUGCUGGCAGCCCAUCAUCGACCACAUCGACAGCAAGUUUGAGGACUACCUGAACUCGGAAUCUCGGGUGAACAGACGACAAAUGCCCGACAGCCGAAUUCACUGCUGCCUCUACUUUAUCGCACCCUCAGGACAUGGACUGAAGCCCUUGGACAUCGAGUUCAUGAAACGUCUGCAUGAGAAAGUCAAUGUCAUCCCGCUGAUCGCCAAAGCAGACACGCUCACGCCAGAGGAAUGCCAGCAGUUCAAGAAGCAGAUCAUGCGAGAGAUCCAGGAGCACAAGAUUAAGAUCUACGAGUUUCCCGAGACGGAUGACGAAGAGGAGAACCGUCUGGUGAAGAAGAUCAAGGACAAGCUGCCCUUGGCCGUCGUGGGCAGCAACACCAUCAUCGAGGUGAACGGCAAGCGGGUCAGAGGCCGACAGUACCCAUGGGGGGUCGCAGAAGUUGAGAACAGCGACCACUGUGACUUCACCAUCCUCAGAGACAUGCUCAUCAGGACUCACAUGCAGGACUUGAAGGACGUGACAAACAACGUCCACUAUGAGAACUACCGCAGCAGGAAGCUGGCGGCAGUCACUUACAACGGCGUGGAGAACAACAGGGCCAAGGGUCAACUGUCUACCAAACUUGAUGCAGUUGAAGGAAUGAGUCCCCUGGCCCAGAUGGAGGAGGAGAGGCGGGAGCAUGUGACCAAGAUGAAGAAGAUGGAGAUGGAGAUGGAGCAGGUGUUUGAGAUGAAAGUCAAGGAGAAAGUGCAGAAGCUCAAAGACUCUGAAGCAGAGCUUCAGCGGCGCCACGAGCAGAUGAAGAAGAACCUGGAGGCGCAGCACAAGGAGCUGGAGGAGAAGAGGCGCGUGUUUGAGGAGGAAAGGGCAAACUGGGAGGCCCAGCAGCGCCUGGAGCAACAGAAACUGGAGGCCUCCAGAACUCUGGAGAAGAACAAAAAGAAAGGCAAGAUCUUUUAAAGAGACCGUCGUCAGGACCAGCCCAAGUCGACUUCGUUCUGUUUGCCAAUGUUGCCGCUCAGGGCAUCAUCUGUGUGUGGCACUGACACCCCCUUCUUCUUCCUCUUCGUCUUCCUCUGUUCACUAUCCCUCCCUUCCUUCCUCUGUAUUCCUGCACCCAGCCACGAGGGGGGGUGUCUGUUGCUAUAUGUGUGUGCGUGUGUAUGUGUGUGGAGGGGUGAGGGGUGGAUGGUGGCAAAUACAUUCAGAACCAGAGACUCCCCCCACCCCCACACUGCCUCGGGACUCAUCAUCAUUGAAGAAUGUGUUUACCUUAACAACAGUAAAACGUAGAAAAGGCCAAACCCAUGUUAUUAUUUUAAUUAUUAUAAUUAUUAUUGGUGUUGUUAUUAUUGUUAUUAUUACUGAAUACUAUCCUUGCCCCCGCCCUCCCUGCUUGCUGCUUUCCGUUCCUCCAAGGUUGCUUUUAAUGACUGGUGUGUUUUGACUGUUGUACAAUCAUUUUGUUUACAAGAAAGAAAGUCAGCCUGUUAGCGAGAACAUGACUCUGAUGGUCUUCCACAUGGGAAGACGACAUUGGUUCACCCCCUCCCAUUCCCCCUUUUCAACGUAACCCCGAUGAACCUUUUAACUUUUCCUCUCUCAGUGCAACUGCCUAAAAUGAAACUGUGUCAAUGUCAAGAAUGAGAAGAAAUUAGACAGACAAUAAAAUGCACCUUGGGCCAUUUUAUACACUAACAUAAUGGCUUAAGCUUCUUAUUUCUGCAACAUAAAGACUUCUUCUCCCUGUUUAGCCAUCUCCACUAGCUUUGGACAACCAUUUAUAACGUUGAAAGUAUUAUAUUUCACUUUAUUUUUCUAUAUAUAUACAGUAUCGAGCCAGCUGAAGUAAGAAAGACCUGCUUUUUUUAUGUGUAGAAGAAAAGAAAAAAACACCUCAGACUUGAGAGCUGCGUCCACUGUUUAUAAAAUCAUACUUUCGUCAUCAAUAGACACCCUGGACGCCCAAACAAUUAACAAAAAAGGAAUUAAAAACCCCAAAAUAUU